UCAAGCACGUUCUCACUACCCACGUCCAUCUUUUACAGUGCCAGACAUGGCGCACGUGAACAGCUUCUUUGCGCUUUUAGCACUGGCAUGUGCUAUACCUGCGGUUUCUGAAAGCAGAAAUGGCUGUCGAAUUAUUUCAAAGGACAACCUUUUAUGUGCCUCACCAGUGACAAGCACAGACAUUCUGACUUUCGUCCCGAGAGCUACGUCCUCAUUAACGGUGGAGAGACACGUGGGGGAAGGAUUGGAGUUGACGUUUGUGUUUCGACACUUCCCGCGUCUGGAGAACGCUAGCGUAACGUGUGAGCAGAAAUGUCGUCUGGUAACCAACUUCAACGAGCAUUACAACGAGCCGCAACAUUUGAACAGACUGAUCCUUCAGAACGUUGUUUUCUCCGCAUAUACCCUAGACAGUUUCCCAGGGCUAAAUACUCUAAAGCUACUUCACAGCAAUUUACAGCUCUCUCGAGAAAGCUUUCGAAAGUUAUCCAAGCUAUCUGGCGUGGAAAUAUCUAAUAACAAACCUGUUGAAUUACCAGACCAUGUAUUUUCCUCUCAGGGGAUGUCUUUAAAAAGACUUAUUAUUAGAGAUAACGCUGUUCUGAGAGUAACACACAAUGCUUUCAAUAAUUUAAAAGAGAUGCGCAAGUUAAUUCUGAAAUCAAAUAACGUUACUUUCUUGUCCAAACACAGAGUGGAAGAUCAAAUUCCACACAAGUUGUUCCGAGAUUUAGUUCAACUGGAAUAUUUAGACUUGAGCGACAGCAAGCUUACCGCCCUACCAAAAGGGAUAUUUGCCAACUCAAAAUUACUGUCACAUUUAGACCUGAGUAGAAACGAACUGCAUUCACUUCCAUCAGAAAUCUUCAAGAAAAACUGGCGACUACGUACAUUGCUGAUUGGAGGUAAUAGAUUUCGGUCUCUGAACUUUCUGAACUCUUUAACUCGAUUGAGAACCUUAGACGUAAGUCACGCGCGAAUUAGAAACACAGAUCUAUCAAUUUUGUCACGCUGCACGACUUUAAGAAAACUAACAAUGCGAGGCAUUCCAUCUGUAAGGUUCAGUGUUAGGGAAAUACAGCAACUACCAAAAUAUUUAGGUCAUCUUGACCUUGGAGACACCAAUGCCAUCUCGUUGACUUCAGAGACAUUUCAUGGGUUCUUAAAUCUGACUGUCCUCGUUAUGGAUAACGUUGGGUUAAAACAUAUGAGCUUUGUCCCAUUCAGUGCGCUUCAGCGUCUCCGUUAUCUGGACGUCUCUCGUAAUGGUUUACACAAGAUAACUGAAGACUUUGCACUAUUUAAAGGUGUCUUGGAUCUUCGCGAUAACCCAUUGCAUUGUAACUGCCUCUUGCAAUGGAUGCUGCAAAUUGAGACAAACAGAACUUUGUCCAAACCAGAUAUACAGGGGGCGACGUGUUUCACUCCAGCCAAGUUAAGAGGCCGAGAGCCGUCUUCUAUAUCUCAGUCUGAUAUGCGAUGCUAUCCGCCAGAAGUUACGCUAAGCAUUGGCCAG